UUAAAGUGUAUCUUGAAAAUUAUCCGUAAUGUUGCUCUCCUGUCCUUUGUGUUGCAAACCACAUUUUGAAGGGGUGGAUUCUUUAAGGACAACUCUUGUGAACGUAGCUACUUCUCCAUUGACUUGUCCAGUAUGCAAGGAUACGUUAUUAGGUUUAGACAAAUUAACCAUUCAUUUAUUUGGGCACGUGAAUGACACAAAUUCGGGUUUAGUUACAAGUGAAGAGACAAUUGUCAACAAAAACAGUGAAAACAUUAAUAUUGGUCAAAAAUAUGAAACGAAGAUAUGUCAGGAUCCGGAAAUUUCAGCUCCUACUCUCCCAAAGAACAACGAUGUUAAAGCAUCAUCAAAAUAUGACGUACCAGAUGUCGAAGCUGUAUCAGAAACUAUUACGUGUGAUAUUUGUAGUUUCACAUUUUCAGACAGGAAUAUCCUUGACAUGCAUCAGAAACUUUUACAUCAGACGAUUCCUGAUAAAAAGACAGGACAAUACGCCUACCACUGUCACUUAUGCAGUAAGAAGUUUAGAAUGAGAGGAAGCCUCAUGGUUCAUUUGCGGGUUGCCCAUUAUGGAUUCAGUAAUCACAUUGAAUUACCUCCACAUUUGUUACGCCGUAAUUCAAAUAGUCCCCAAGUUAUCCAAUCAAAAGAUAGAGCAGAAGCAGAAUCAAAAGGUCAAAACAAGACGCCAGAUUGUAAACAAUGGAGUUGUGAUGUUUGUGCUAAAUUGUUUACUACAAAAUAUUUUUUAAAGAAACAUAAGAGACUUCACACUGGAGAGAUGCCUUACACUUGCAAUAUAUGUAACAAAUCUUUUACGUUUCAACAAUCGUUUCAUAAACAUAUGUUGUAUCAUUCGUCAGAAAAACCGUAUAUUUGCAAUGAAUGUGGAAGAGCAUUCAAGGAACAUUCAACGCUACAGAACCAUUUCAGAAUACAUUCUGGCGAAAGACCAUUUGGUUGCGAAAUUUGUGGUAAAAGGUUCAGACAAAGAGUGUCUUACUUAGUACAUAUGAGAAUUCACACAGGAGUUAUGCCAUACAAAUGUACGGCGUGUAAUAAAAGUUUCAGAUAUAAGGUUAGCCAAAAAUCUCACAAAUGUCCUAUAAAUCCACCGGGAGCUGUUAUUCGAGUAACAGAUACUGAUAUAACUAGCAUUGCUACUUUAUUAUCUCAGAAAAUACCAAAGGAAACUCUGGAACGGACACAAAAUGAAGACUGCAAAUUGACAGAUACACUUUCUAAAACUAAUAAUUCACCAAAGUGUAUCCUGUCAGUAGACUACGAUACCGGAAAUAUAAAUUUUAUUCCUGCAGUUAUCGAGGACAAUAAUUCAAUUAAUAAAGGUUUAGAUUAUGCUAAAUGUAGUAAACUGGAUCGAAACAUUAACGAUAGACAACAAAACAAUACAGAAAAUGAUUUAUGUGAAGACCAGAGAGAAAAUUAUACGAUAGUAUCUCCAAUCUUACCUCAAGUGGCAUCGUUGUGUCUUAACAACUCACCAAUUAGUGAACCCGAAUCGGCUAUCGAAGUCAUUAGACAAAAAUGCUUAGAUGAUUUAUUCAACUGACAAUUAUUAAACAUGUUAUACCCCUAAAAAUUUAAGGGGAUUGUAAAUGUUUGCUUAAAUUCAAGCUUCAAUAAUUAAAAAAAUAUUGGUUGUGGCUCAAUACCGAAAAGAUCAUUUCAUAGCCUUCCAAACAAACUUGAAGGUAUAAGCCUUAAAAGAAAUUACUACAGUUAUUGAUUCUGAAUCGCCCCCUUGUCUUCCUCAUUUAUACUAGAGAUGAGCAAAACUGCGUUUCUCCAAUCUCCAAUCGCAAUUGAAACUGCGAUUGCGAUUUUUAAAUCGCUGCGAGUCUAACCUCAGAUUGCGAUUUUAAUAUUUAAAUAUUGUACUAGCUAUAUAAUUGUCUGUGUAUGUACCUAUAACUUAACAAUUAAAGAAGUUAAUAAAAAUCAGUUGUAUAGUUA